GCGUCACCACGACGGUGCACAUCGUUGUUGAACGUUGAACAUUCUGGCUCGCACGCAGGCUCUUCUUACUGCCCGCAGCGAUAUUAGGAAAUGAAUAUGACUUCUACCAUUCUCGAGCCUGUGACAAGCCUCACUCAGGUAGUCUCCAAAACCGUCGUCCAUUCAACCAUCUUUCCCUUUACACUUGCACCAACUCUUCAUGCAGCGAGGAUAUCGAUCGCUUUUCAAGCUCAGGUCAGAGCCAGUGGAAAUAAGCCAAAUUUGACCUGGGCUAUGUAUCUCGCGGGUUUUCUCAUCAUGUCAUGGGGCGGGUCUAUCUGGACGCAUAUGCUGCUAUCUCUGCCGCCGCCGCCACUUUACUCAUUUUCUCUUUGGAUCAACUAUCUCUCCGUUCAUUUAUGCCUGACCGCUUUCUUCCAUAUCUUCCCCACGGCACUCGUUCCUCGCUUCUUUGAUACUACUCUCAUCCCCAUAGAUGCUAUCCUUCGCCUUGGCUCCAUUACCUCCUCUCUCUCACUCGUGCACAGCUAUCCUGAUCCACGACUCUCCCAAUCCAUAUUUUUUCGUCUAAUCAUUGGAGCGAUCGCCUCAGCAGGAGGCGGAGUAACUGCAGCUACAUUCGGCGUGUGGACCUCCGAGUGGCGCUUGUCGACUCCUAUAUUUCUGAAAGGUAGCAUCUUAUCGACGGCUGACAUCUGGGGCGGAUCGAUUGCUGCCUUUGUAUAUGACUAUCUCACCGUGUCACGUCCGACUUAUCCGACGUUUUUACUGCCUUGGCUGCCAGUGAGCCCAACAGAGCCAUUCCUCACGCACGAUUCCGCAAGAUCAGCAGCAACGAUAGUUCUCGCUUCUAUAUUUGCUUGGAGGGUUACUAAGAUACACUGGGCCACUAAAAAGCCAAAGCUAGCUGAAAAGACCGAAUGAAACAAGGUUCACGUUUCUAAUAACCGUCGGACCUAAAUACCGAGGAAGUUCGUAUUGAAACUGAUAUACCAUUGAUUUCACAAGAAGAAAUGUAUACCAGAAAUGCUCUGCGUGGCAUAUAGACGAGUCAUCGUACUUACAUAUUGAUACACUGUCUCAUCGGGCACUGAUUAUCGUUCCACGAAGUGUUGUCAUAAGCUAAGUAUCAUACUGAAUAUCAUGUAGGUCAUUACAAUGUCGGAAUGCUUUCGGUGAGGGAAAAUACGUACUUGAAGAACCAAUGAAACUGGUAAAGGGGACAAACCCCCUCUAGGAU